CAAUUCGGUAUUGAAAAUAACAAUAGGAUGAGGCUUAUAUUCUGAGUUGUCAGUUCACAUCAGCUGGUUUUACCACUUAUUCUUCUUGUUGCCACAAUAUGCAACCCCGAGGCUCUGUGGCGUGGAAAUGACGUCCCAACGCAAGUUCAGGCGAGUCAGCCAAUAAAAGAUGGACUGUCCCUGCAUUGUCCCGCGGAGCCAACAGGAGAAAGGGACAGAGUUUAGGAAGCGGACAGAGCAGAGACACCUUCACAAGACUCACAUCGCAGUCUGUUUAGGGACUGAGGAGGGAAAUAACGCGGCUGCAGCACUACUCUAAGCCCCAGCACAGAGGGGAGGACAAAAUCGCACACCCCUCCUGUCUGAAUUUUCUGAGGAGCUGCGGGUGGGGGGACACACCAAUGUGAUCGAGGCUCAGGGACCCUCAGGUGCAGAGAAACCAAACUGGCGGAGCUCUUAGGAUGGAGAAGUCACCGGUGGAAGAUGCAAACUUCUUCUCUAGAUUUGUCUUUUGGUGGAUAUCACCUCUACUGAGGAAAGGUUUCACUAAGAAGUUGGAGCUGACUGACGUCUACAAGGCUCCUUCAUUUGAUCUGGCAGACACCCUCUCCGAGAGACUCGAAAGGGAAUGGGACAAAGAGGUGGUGCUGGCCAAAGGCAGGCCCAAGCUGCUGAAAGCACUGGCGCGAUGCUUCUUCCUCCCGUUCGCCUUCUUCGGUGUCCUCCUCUAUUUUGGGGAGGCAUCCAAGACUGUGCAGCCUCAGCUUUCAGGUCGCAUUAUCGCUUCCUUUGACCCCUUCCAUGCUCCGGAGCGAAGUCAGGGGUACUACCUGGCCCUGGGGCUCGGCCUCCUCUUCACCGCUCGCUUCAUCCUGCUGCAGCCCGCAAUCUACGGCCUGCAUCACCUCGGCAUGCAGAUUCGCAUUGCCCUCUUCAGCCUCAUAUACAAAAAGACACUCAAGCUGUCCAGUAGGGUGUUGGAUAAGAUCAGUACCGGGCAGCUCGUCAGUCUCAUGUCUGCCCACCUCAACAAGCUGGAUGAGAGCUUGGGACUAGCACACUUUGUAUGGAUCACCCCUCUGCAGUGUAUCCUGUGUACUGGUUUGAUCUGGGAGCUGAUCGAGGUGAACGGCUUCUGUGCCCUGGCAGCUCUCACUCUCCUGGGCAUUCUCCAAGCGUGGCUGUCCCUGAAGAUGGGACCUCCUAGGGCGAAGCGUGCUGGACUGAUAAACCGACGUCUGGCUCUUACUUCUGAGAUUGUGGAGAACAUUCACUCGGUGAAGGCUUAUGGCUGGGAGGAAGUGAUGGAAACCAUCAUCAAAAACAUCAGACAGGAUGAAAUGACUUUAACCAGAAAGAUUGGCUCUUUGCGCUAUUUCUACAGUGCUUCAUAUUUUUUCUCUGCCAUACUGGUAAUCAUAUCGGCCAUCGUGCCAUAUGCACUCAGUAACGGCAUCAUACUGCGGCGGAUUUUCACCACAGCGUCGUACUGCAUCGUGCUACGUAUGACGCUCACCCGCCAGCUGCCAGGCUCCAUCCAGAUGUGGUACGACACGCUGGCACUGGUCCAGAAGAUCGAGGAUUUUCUGCUUAAGGAAGAAUACAAAGUAAUGGAUUACAGCUUGACCACGGUUGGAUUGGAGCUGAUCAAUGUCUCUGCAUCCUGGGAUGAGGGUAUUGUUGAGCUCUUUGAGAAGAUCAAGAGGGAGAACAAAGCAAAUGGACACAUGACUGGUGACGAUGGACUGUUCUUCACUAACUUAUACAUCACACCUGUCCUCAAAAACAUCAACCUACGCUUAGAGGAAGGCAUGAUGCUUGGAGUGGCUGGAUCUACUGGGUCUGGAAAGAGUUCCCUCCUCAUGAUGAUCCUGGGAGAGCUGGUGCCAUCAGAGGGCAAAAUUAGACACAGCGGUCGAGUUUCGUAUUCACCGCAGACUUCUUGGGUAAUGCCAGGGACCAUUCGUGACAACAUCCUUUUCGGCUUGACUUAUGACGAAUUUCGCUACACUUCCAUCAUUAAGGCCUGCCAGCUGGAAGAGGAUUUUGACUUGCUGCCUGAGAAAGAUAAGACGCCCAUUGCUGAGGGAGGGGUUACCCUUAGUGGAGGUCAAAGAGCAAGGAUCUGCCUCGCCAGGGCUGUAUAUAAAGAUGCAGACCUGUACCUGCUCGAUGCACCUUUCACCCACCUGGACAUUGCAACAGAGAAAGAGAUCUUUGACAAAUGUGUCUGUAAACUGAUGGCCUCCAAGACUCGUGUUGUGGUCACCAGCAAGUUGGAGCACCUGAAGCGGGCAGAUCGAAUCCUUCUGUUGCACAAUGGAGACUGCUACUUUUACGGAACCUUCUCAGAGCUUCAAGCGCAGCGGCCAGACUUCAGCUCCCUGCUGCUUGGUCUCGAAGCUUACGACAGCAUCAACGCGGAGCGGCGUGGCUCCAUUCUCACGGAAACUCUUCGCAGAGUUUCUGUGGAUGAAACGGCAAAUUUCCGAGGCCCAGACCCUAAUCAUCAGUCCUUCCGCCAAGCACCGUCUCACAGCCACGCCAUGGGCGAUGGUUAUCCCGAAAAACGCAAGCCUUCACUCAUCCUCAACCCUCUCGCAGCUGCCCGCAAGUUUUCAUUCAUCGGGAACUCCCAGCAGACGAAUAAUUUCCAGUCCACAUCCAUGGACGAUGGGGCGCAUGAACUUUCAGAGAGAAGAUUCUCUGUGGUGCCUGAGGACGAUCAGGUAGAGGAGGUACUUCCGCGGAGCAACCUGUAUCACCACGGGCUGCAGCACCUCAAUGGCAGGCGCCAGUCUGUUCUGGCGUUCAUCACCAACGCUCAGGGUCAGGAGCGGAGAGAGCAGAUGCAAUCAUCCUUCAGAAAAAAGUUGUCCAUCACCCCACAGUGCAACCUGGCAUCCGAGCUGGACAUCUAUGCCCGGCGCCUGUCCAAAGACAGCGUGUUUGACAUAAGUGAGGAAGUGGAUGAAGAAGACAUGGAGGAAUGCUUUGCAGAUGAACGUGAGAAGAUAUUCGAAACUACGUCAUGGAGUACUUAUCUACGCUACAUUUCCACCAAUAGGAGUUUAAUCUAUGUCCUAAUCUUCAUUGUGAUUGUCUUUGUCAUUGAGGUUGCUGCUUGUGUCACUGGCAUUUUUCUCAUUACUGAUGAGAUAUGGAGGGAUGGUGCCAACCCAAAUUCACCAAACUACAUCGAUGAGCAGCACCCUAAUGCGUCAUCAACUCCUGUCCACCUCGCCAUCAUAGUCACACCAACCAGCGCCUACUACAUCAUCUACAUAUUCUUUGUUCACUCAGACAGCAUACUGGCCCUUGGAGUUUUCAGGGGUCUUCCUUUAGUCCACACGUUGCUCACCGUGUCUAAAAGACUUCACGAACAGAUGCUUAGCUCUGUGCUACGGGCCCCCAUGUCUGUGCUUAACACCAUGAAAACAGGCCGGAUAAUGAACAGAUUCACCAAGGACAUGGCUGUCAUUGAUGACAUGCUACCUCUAGUGCUGUUUGACCUCAUACAGUUAACUUUACUUGUCAUUGGGUGCAUCUUCACGGUGUCCAUCAUGAGACCAUACAUCUUUAUAUCCGCAAUCCCUCUGGCUGUUAUCUUUGUGGUCAUCAGGAAGUACUUCUUGCGAACAGGACAACAACUCAAACAGCUAGAGGCUGAAGCUCGUAGUCCCAUUUUCUCUCACCUCAUCAUUUCACUGAAGGGCUUAUGGACAAUUCGAGCUUUUGGACGUCAGACUUACUUCGAGACACUCUUCCACAAAGCUCUGAACACCCACACAGCCACCUGGUUCCACUACCUGUCCUCGCUGAGAUGGUUCCUGUUCCGCUGUGAUGUGAUCUUUGUGUUGUUCUUCACCGUCGCUGCCUUCAUCGCCGUAGGAACCAACCAGGACAGACCUGGAGAGAUUGGCAUUAUUGUGGCUCUGGCCAUGCUCAUCCUGGGUACUUUCCAAUGGGCUAUCAUCACCAGUAUCAAUGUGGACGGCCUGAUGCGUUCAGUGGAUCGAGUGUUCAAAUUCAUCGACUUGGCAUCAGAAGAGAACUUCCAAGGAAAACCUGGAGGAAAAGGAGGUUCUGAUCUUGUCAUCAACAACCCAAGCGCGUACAGCUACUGGCCUAACCGCGGCCAGCUGAAUGUCCAGGGUCUCACCGUCAAAUACACAGAAGCUGGGCGGGCCGUGCUCAACGACAUCUCCUUCACUGUGGAGGGGGGUCAGAGUGUGGGUCUGCUGGGUCGGACCGGUUCUGGGAAGAGUACCCUGCUGUCCGCUCUGCUGCGCCUCACCUACACUGAAGGGGAAAUGUACAUCGACGGAGUUCCUUCCAGCUCCAUGCCCGUGCAAACAUGGAGGAAGGCCUUUGGAGUGUUGCCACAGAAAGUCUUUAUUCUGACUGGAACCUUCCGGAUGAACCUGGACCCGUACGGCCGUUACAGUGACGAUGAGCUGUGGCGGGUGGCUGAGGAGGUUGGGUUGAAGUCGGUCAUCGAACAGUUCCCCGAUAAGCUGGACUUUGAGCUGAAGGACGGCGGCAGCGUUCUGAGCAACGGCCACAAACAGCUGGUGUGUCUGGCCCGAUCCAUCCUCAGCAAGGCCCGCAUCCUGCUGCUGGACGAGCCGUCCUCCUACCUGGACCCCAUAACGCUGCAGGUCCUGAGAAAGACGCUGAAGCAGUCGUUUUCCGCCUGCACCGUCAUCCUGUCGGAACACAAAGUGGAGCCGCUGCUGGAGUGCCAGUCGUUCCUGAUGAUCGAGAAGAGCUCUGUGAAAAGCUACGACACCAUUCAGAAACUCAUGAACGAAAUGAGUCACCUGAAGCAGGCCAUCAGCCCCGCCGACAGGCUCCGCCUCUUCCCCACGCCUCACCGCCUCAACUCAGUCAAGAGACCGCCGCCUCAGACCACCAAGAUCUCGUCGCUACCAGAGGAAGCUGAGGACGAAAUCCAGGACACGCGGCUUUAAGCAGCCAGCCUCGCGCCGACGCAGACACACGAACACAACCCAGAGUCUGAUCCAGCCUGUACACAGCAGCCAGUCAGAACCACCUGACUGGUUUCAAACAGAAUCACAAACAGAGGGAUUCGGCCAUAGAAUCAGUUUUAAUUUAAAAGAGCAAAGGAAACAAAACAGAAAUAUUGAUUUUUAAUUUUUUUAAAUAAAGCUGCAUAUUUAAAUAGUAUAUUUUUAAUAAUUAUAAACAUGUUUUUUUAUUUUAGGUUUUUUACAGAUGACACUGGCACAACGCAUGUGGCUGAGACAGUUUUACUGAAAGAAGCACAAUUUGAUCACUGUAAGACACAACAACCAAUGUCUGAAUUAUUAUGACAUUCAGAUUGAUGUCAGAAUUUCCUAAUAUUUAUAAAUUACCCUUGUAAAUUUAAAAUACACUGCAUUUUAAACUCUAAUGGGAUGCACCGAUAAAUCGGUCCUGAUUUCUUUUGUUUUGGGAGAUCGGUGAUCGGCCGAUACUGAUAUGUGAAGCUGAUUUUAUCUACUUUGGCAGAGGUAGAUUUUUCUUCUUUUUUUGCUGUUGUCAACAAAAAAUCAGCCACUGUCCUCUUCUGCUCUACAGUGAGACGUCUGACUGCCAGACCAACCCACCAGUUCAUAGUUAACAAUAGUCACCCCACUGUUACCAAUCCUGUGACCUUCCUGCUAACUUUACCAACAAUUCAGACAAAAAAAUGGUACCAGCCAAGAUCAGAAUCAGCAGGUCAGACUUUUUAAACUACAAUCAGUGCACUCCUAAUUUCUAACAUUCAUCAACUUUGCUUGGCUUUGAUGAUUUUAUAUAUAUUUUUUUUAAUCAAAGUAUAAAACAGAAAUUACUGGAUGUAUGGCGUUACUCUACUGACAACUCAGAGCAGCUGUCUGAAUCAUUUGUCUGCAUAUGUUUGCAUAUCCAGGCUCAAUGUGAUCUUUUAGAUUAUAUGCAGAGUAAAUGUGACGGAAAGAUGAAGUAACACCCAGCUUGGUAUGAAACACCUGCAAGAAAGGUUUAGAAAAUCUGACUGAAACGUGAAAGAGGAUUUGUGUGAAGCAGUGAGUGGAGGAGCAGCAGGGAAGGAAAGAAUCCUCCUUGUGACGGAGCGGACGAAGUCCAUGUGGAAAUGCUUCAUACUCUGGAAUUCUUUGUUGUUCCUUCAAGUAAUUGGCAAGUUUCAAACACACAACUAGAUUAUGACUUCUCCAACCAUUCCACUAAAAACAAACACGGUUCAGUCUUUUAGUUUUUUAGUUUUGGUUGCUUGGUAGUAAAGCCGCGCCUCCCACAGACACUGACUCCGCCUCCGUUCUUCCGGCUGUUUUAUGGCGCCCUUUCGUCAUCGUUCCCACUGGCAGCCUUUCAAGUUCAGUGUCCACCAAUCGGCCAUAACAUUAUGACCACAGAAAUGUAACUAGUACUCAGGAUUUGCAUUGGUGGAUCAGGGGAUUUAGUUCCAGACGCACCUAAUUAUAAAAUCACAUUUAUCUGGUUGAUUUAUGUUCUGUUAAAGUUUUCAAUCAUCAUUUAAUCUUGGCUACCUUUUGUCUUUUACAAUAAGCCAUAUGACAUGUCAACUACAACUCAUUGAUGUAGUUCAGACUGCAGAAGCGUGGAGUCAUUGGUUUAUACGAUGUAGAGCCAGGGUUUCCAAGCUGCGGCACGGGGCCAAUCAGACUCAGUAAAAUCUGUUGUCACUAUCCAGUGACUUUUACUCAAGAGCUGACUUUUACUGCACCCAAAUUUGCUUGUAUUGACUUUACUAAACCUUGUUAAAUACAACAAGCGUUUUGAAACGAGUUGCCAAAAUAUUCUUCUGCUCAGAGACAUUUUGGUUUUUUUCCAGAUGAUACCCAGAAUCAAAGUGAACCUGUAAAACCUUUAACAGCAUCCCUUUCCAAAAGCAAAUCUGACAUUUAAUUAAAGUAUUUUAUGCUUGGAUUAUUGAAUGAUUGUUGAAUGUGUGUAAGAACUCUCAAGUACUUCUGAUUUAGAUGUUGGCCCAUGUGUCAUUAAGUUUGAAGACCCCCUGACACGGAGAGCAAGCAUCUAGUGGCCAUUAGAGGGACUGCACCUACCAAUGCCUUGAUAUCCAGUUAUUAACAAAUAGCUGGAUAUCAAGGCAUUGAUAACUUGCCUUGAUAACUUAACUUUCCUCCUGCUUGUCAUCCAAACCCAGAGCUUUUCUGCUCGUGGACCAAGCAGCAGGUAUUUGCUUCUGAUUUGGACUUGGUUCUGCUAAAUGAUUAAUAAAAUCCAGAAAUGUGUCAGAGUUUAACCUUUGAACUCAGCUCAUGUGUUUUACAUGGAACUGCUUUCUGAUGAUGUACGUCAGAACCUUCAAUUAGUCUUCCUGACCCGAGAAGAAGCCUCGCUGGUGUCUGCACACACACACACGCACACACACACUCGCCAUCAUAGCAUGACGUUGUUGACUGAUGCAAGUAUUGAGUGAUGACUCAAACCCCCCUAUUUUUCUAUUUGUAUGCACUUUUCAGGCUCCCUGAGGUACUCUCAUCAGCUCUCUCAGAUCAUUUUUUAAUCCAAUCAUUGAAAUAAACCAACAUUAAAGUUUGAACUCUUGUCACUAGCUAAUGCGUUGUGCAGAUUUUUUUUCAUUAGAAAACAAUCAUUUCUUUUGAAAGUUGGAAAGUCAUUUUGAUUCUUUAAACAUGAUCGUUUCUUCUUUUUGUUGAGGAAAGCGCUUUUGAAACUGAAUAUUUCUGAAGGUACCGUGGAGAGGAGUCUUGUGACAAGUUUGUUUUUAUAAAUAUAUAUAUAUACAUAUAUAUAUCAAGUAAAAAAAAUACUAAAACUUUUUAUCACUCAUAGGAAAGGGACACAAAUGUCCAAAGAACUGAAAAUGUUUUUGUUCAGUCAUAUGUAUUUGGAGUAAAACUAGAUUUGGAGAAUUUGA